GCAACAAAGAACUUGCUUAAUUAGUUUGUAUCGUGUGGUCCGGCUUGAUGACUAAAAAGUCAGAAGUUAUCGCUAUUGAUGUCGGAAUUAGGAAAUUUAAAAGUACAAAUGUCAUAAUCCAGCCGCCGUUAGCCGCCAUUUUAUUUUUAUAUCGCCAUUUCGUUUCUCUCGUGAGAUGGAGAAUUGAAGUAUUGUAAAGCGAGACAGAAAAUAGGAAUCUGAAUCUUUACUUACGACACCUUGAAUUAAUUAUAGUAAAAGUACGUAUUUAAUAACUUUACAAUUAAAUACUUAUACCUAUAAUACAUUAAUGUGCAGUUCAUUAACAAAGAAUGCUUGGGAACACGGCGUCUCGUCUUCAACUCUGGUCGAGUACAAUGGCGUCCGUUCCGUUUACUCUGAGAGCGCGUCGGAAAUAAUGUUCCUUCAUCCUUUUCUUACAUAUAUCGACUAUUCAGGAGACACCGCUUUCAUAGCGAAUGAUCUUUUUACGAGUAGAGUAGACUGAUAAGAAAUAUUUCCCGUUACCUUCGCACUCUGUGUUUUGGAGUUUCUCUUUCUUGUUUCGCCGCCUACAAUUAGCCGCGCUUUUGUGGAAUUAAAACUAUACUGUGACUGAAUUUAGUAUAAUGUGUGGUGCAAAGUGUACAAUAUGUUUCAGACAUGCAAAGGAUAAGAUGAACAAAAGAUUAGGGAAGUAGUACCUACAUAGAAGUAGAAUUUAUAAUGUUUACGACUAACAGUGUACAAACCGGCACUGUGCCGACGCUGCAGUACCAGGAACAUCCCACUCAAAAGACUCAAGGCAAAAAUAUUGAGAAUGUUCAGCAAAAACCUCAACAGGCUCAACAAACUCAGCAACAGCAACAAGAGUUUCCAACAUUCUGUUACACUACAAAUGUUAACAUGAUUGGUAAGAUAGGCACUGGGUCAACAGGAGGAGCAGCGGGAGUUACUGGUGGUGUGAAUAUAGCACAACUUACAACAGGAGACGAUAAGACAUGUUACAUAGCACAGCCAUUUUCAUACAAUUAUGCACUUGUGAAUCAAAUGCAGAUUGCCCCAAAUGGAAUCCAAAACACCAUAUCCAAUAUUAGUUUCAAAUGUGAUGUUUGUGGACUAAUGUUUGGUCACCUCACUCUACUGAAUGCUCAUAAAAGGAUACACGCUCAAGAUACAGAGAGUAACAUCAGUGUUGUUACGACUGGGGUCACUAAUAGUAAUGAAGUAAAUAUGCCGCCUCAUAUUCAAAUUCUUUCAUCAGACCCCAAUGAGCAGCAAUCACAUCAUGUUCAAAUCCAGGACACGAAACCAGUGAUCAUUGACAAAAUUCAAAAAUGUAUUACAUGUGGUGGACAUAUUGCCAACAAUCCUAAAAGAAAAGGACCUAAACUAAUAAGAUGUGAAAACUGCAUUGCUCAAGAUUCUGUGGAGCAGAGAAAUAAUCAAAUAAACCCAACACAAAUAUUUGUAGCAUCAGAAGAUAAUGUAAAAUAUGAAGUGACAGGUGUUACCAGUGUGCAACAACCCUCUGACCCACUGGCACCCACACAAUCCAAUCAACAGACACAGCAGCAACAAAAAACUUUAGCUGGUCAUCAUCCUGUGAAAAAAAGAAACUUAGCUGCUGUGACCAAAUGUCAAAACUGUAAUGGUUCUGGCAUAAUAUUUGUAGGAGGAAAUAAAAAUAAAUUAAACCAACCCAAUAUUGAUAAGCCAUUUCAUUGUAACAUUUGUGGUGGCUCAUUUUCCCGUUAUUCUUCUCUAUGGUCUCAUAAAAAACUACACACAGGAGAGAAAAAUUUCAAAUGUGGAAUAUGUGGCAUAGCCUUUGCUAAAGCAGUUUACCUAAAAAAUCAUUCUAGAAUACAUACUGGAGAAAAACCUUACAGAUGCAAUACAUGUGGAAUGCAGUUUUCACAGUCACCGCAUCUUAAAAAUCAUGAAAGAACACAUUCAGGCGAAAAACCUUAUGUUUGUGAGGUAUGUGACAAAGGUUUUGCAAGGCACGCUACUUUGUGGAAUCACAGGCGUAUACACACUGGGGAGAAGCCCUAUAAGUGUGAUACUUGCGGAUCGGCAUUUAGUCAAGCGGCGCAUCUAAAGAAUCAUGCGAAAGUACACUCGGGAGAGAAGCCUUUCAAGUGUGACAUUUGUACUGCAGCCUUCGCUGAUCGAUUUGCCUUGAAACGACAUAGAGGAAUUCAUGAUAAAUACGGACAAACAGCACCACUUCCUUCAAGAAUUCAACAAAAUCAACAAGACCAACAACAGCAGACCCAGUCACAAAAUUCUGAACAACAAAGUACGCAACCUGCAGUCGAAGUGGAACAUCACAGUGACCAAGCCAUUUGAGUUUAGUUUCAAUUCCAAGUUGCCUAAACCCCAACAUAAUUUUGUCACUGACAUAAUAUGUAGCAAAUCACAUUCAACAUCCAUUUUAUCGAUGUACAGGGGUUCAAAAAUUGUAAAUAAAAAAAUCAUUAUAUACUAGAACAGCACAAGAAUUAUGUAAAUUUUUAUUUAUAAGAUAUUACAUCAUUGCGAAACAGCCUUACACUGCCAAUAUGAUAUAAUUAUUUGUAAUGGUGUCGUUUUGUAUCACAUACAUGUUUGCUAUGAUCUACAUAAUAAUCAGAAGGCCAAUCAAAUUACAAAUUGUGUACUAUAAAAGAUAAUGAAAUUAAAACAAUGUUUGAACACCUAAGUAGAAUUAAAUUGUUUAUUAUUUUUUGGAAAUAAUUUGGCUGUGCUAGUAAUUGAUUACUGAAAUCAUUAUAAACUGUUAUUUAUUUGAAGGAAAGUAGGAUAUUAUUUUCAACAUUAAUUCAUUUACACUGUUCAUAUUCUUACGGAUCAUAUUGUUUAUAUAAUAUCUUUUGACUGCUUCUCUACUCAUGUAAAUAUUCAUUAGUUUAUUAUGUUAAACUAGAAAACCUAUGUGAUCUAGUAUUUUAGCAUAUCCAAUGACUCUUCGAAUUUAAGUUUGUUAUAAUACAAAUGAGAUGUGCUAAUCAACAUACAUAGAUAGUAUAGAAAAACAGACUUGUAAUGUUUACUUUUUUAAUUUUGAAGUAUGUAAAUGUUGGUAUUUUGGUAAGUGCAUCUCUUUUACAUUGUCUUUGCAUAUAUUUGAAUGCAGAUUUUUGUAAGUUAGACUUCAAUUUAUAGUUACAAAUAAAAUAAAAGUAUAGUAUAAACUUGUACAGACUGUUCACUUUGUUUCAUUCAAAAUUUAUUUGUCAGUCUUUAUAUUUUCAUGUUAUAAUAGUUAUAAAUUCAUGCUUUUGUUUUCUAUAUGGAAUGAUGUCAAUAUCAGGCAAUUUGAAAAUAUCACUUUAAUCUAAUUGAAGGUUGCAAACCUAUAUAUAUAUUAUCAUUCCUUCCUGACCCAUGUUGUCACAUUAUGUCAUAAAUGAUAAAGCAUUAUCAAUACAAGGCAAGUUUUGGAUUUGGCAAGUAAGUGAAUUUGUUGAAAUUAAGAACUUCUAUAUGGAAAGAAAAAAAAUCCAUCAUGCCCUACUAUUUUCUGCUCAAACAACUUUUAUAAAAAGUGGGUAAUAAAUUAUUCCUAACUGCAUCAUCCCCUUUUCAGUGGUUGAUAGCAUUAGACGAAGCCUGUAAAGCCCUUACGGCCUUAGGCAUCCCCAAGGGUGUGUAUUAGUCAGUAAUCUGAUGUUACCCUACAGCCAGCUGUAAGGUAUCCAUGAGGAUUUCACAACAGCUCACCUGAUAAAACAAAAAAAAAAUUCCUAACAUUCACGAAGUUGAUUUAUCUAUAAAUUUAAAUAAACACCUACUAUAGACUUAUGUACAAAUGUUGGUACUCAUCAUUUGCCUUAUGGAAUAAUAAUUGGAACCUGAGGAACUCUAAAAAGGUGCACCUUUAUACAAACCACUGGUACCAUGGAGAUCUUCUAAAACUUCUGAAUGAAAGUUAAAAAAACUAUCUUAGGAGAAGGAUUAAUAAAAGUAACAACAUGAUUUAAAUGAUUUAUUUUUAUUUAUCAUAAAUUAAGUCUUAACCAAAUUCACAGCAGUGUAGUGGUUAAAAUGGAAUUAAAACUUAGGUAUAUCCAAGAAAAAAAAAUAACAUUAUUUAUUCAUACACCCAAUUCUCAUUUGCUGGUGUCCAGCCAACGACUUCCUUGUCGGUGAACCAAAGACCAAUUUCCUUUUUAGCAGAUUCAACACUGUCGGAACCAUGAAUGAUGUUGCGGCCAACCUGGAUGCAGAGGUCACCACGAAUGGUUCCUGGUAAAGAGUCGGCAGGAUUUGUGGCUCCGAGCAUUUGACGUCCAGUCUUCACGACGUUGAGGCCCUCCCAUACCAUGGGGACCACUGGUCCAGAACUCAUAUAUUUAACUAGACCAGGGAAGAAGGGCCGAGAAGCUAAAUCGCUGUAGUGCUUUUGCAGUAAUUCCUCUGAUGGCCAAACGAAUUUGAGUGCUACUAACUUGAAGCCUUUCUUCUCAAAACGCUCGAUUAUGGUGCCGACGAGUCCUCUUUGUACUCCAUCGGGUUUUACCAUGAUGAAUGUCCUUUCACGUUGUUCCGCCAUGACGAAUUACGCUUAUAGACUGAAUGAUACGUGUUGCAGAGGUUAGAAAUUAAAUCAAAGUGGCAGAUCGUGAACAGUAGAGUAGCUAGCUAGCGUGGUAAGGGUUUUUUUUU